UAGCGUUUUAACUGACUUGGACUGGCAUAUCCCUUAUCUUGAGAGAGUCAACUGAAAACUUUUAGUUUCUCACAGUUGUAUAAUUUCGUUCUUUUCUUUCCCCUCUUAAAAAGUAGUCUCACAAAUCUCGCGAACAUGCCGAUGAACAACAACCUGAAGUUUCCGAGUGCAGCUGGCAGACUGGCUAAGCUUCCUCUGGUUAGCUCAGCUUGCAGCAGUCUGUCAGUGUUGUACAUCAACAGUAAAAGUAGCCAUCCUAACCUGAGGUCUGUGUGUGAGGUGCUGGAGAGCAGUGUGACAGCUUUAAGCUCAGCAGCCUGUGAGAGAGUAACACCUGUCAUGGCUAUACUGGAGCCUCACAUAUUUGUGGCAAAUAACAUCGCAUCUAAGAGCCUGGACUGGCUGGAGACUGCAUUCCCUGUGCUUCACACACCCACAGAGCAGGUUGUUGCUGCUGCCAGGAACAAGAUGAGCGAGAUCCAAGACGUGGUGAGCAUUGCAGCUAAUGGGACUGUGGACUGCGUGCAGCACACACUCACAUGGCUGAUGGGGAGGAUACAGCAGGCCGACCAGCCGCUCGUGGAGAGAGCCAUCAGUGUGGCUGGGGCGGGAUUGGACUCAGCUCUGAUCAUGACAGAGACUCUCAUGGACCACGUGCUUCCUCCCUCUGAACAAGAUAAAAAGGCAGAGGCUCACCUGUUUGAGGAUUUCGAGGUGGCCACACCCAGGAGAAGUUAUCAUGUUCGACUUCUUUUACUCGCUGCCAGGCUGUGCAGGAGGACUUGCUACAUGGUUGGCUCCAAGAUUCAAACUUUAAAGGUCAUGGAGAGUUUGUCCUGGUCUUCAGGCCGACAAACCAGCUGGAUGGUCUUGGGCAUCCAGGAGCUGCCUCAGUAUCUGCAGCAUCAGCUGUUGUCUGUGUUAUUCUUUAUCUCCCAGAUGUACAACCUACACUGCCCACAGCCCUGGCUGCAGAGGUCUAAUCAAGAGAGGGCUCAUCUCAAUGCUGCAGAGACCCCCGCACACAAAGAAGUGGUCCGGUUUCACACUCAAGCUAAAUCCACCCAUGGAGUGAGGAGGCUGACUAAAACAUCUCCAUUUGAAGAUGGAUGUAGUGUCAAAGGAUGCGGUCGUCGUUGAGAAAAAGCGUUUUUUUUUUUGUUGUUUUUUUGAUGUACGUUUGUGUCCUAAAGCUUUCGAAAAAAAGCUGCAACAGAAAAGUGUCUUCAAAUAAAAUCAGAUUGAAUAAUG